AUGGGAUCGGCUGUGACUCGUGCCAGCUCGGCCAAAGUUCGGCCGGUUCGGCCAAGCGGCUGUGAUCCAUCUCGCACCACAACAAGUCUCGGUUCCCACUUGAGCGAGACUAGAAGCACGAUACUUAAUCCGAAUCUGAGCACGAGUUCGUGGCACACACCGAAACGCAACAAUUCGCUAAUCUCCGAGGACCGAUCUGUGUCGGCCGCCAUUAACCGAAUCGCUCAAAGACAUGCCGAGGCUGCUCCAGUGCACAAUGGUGAAGCAAAAGUGGAGAAAGUGAAGAGAACAGAGCUCAACAACAACCACCUACCUCACAAAGAACAAGCUCCCAGCUCACCUCCUAUUCUGGCCAAGGCGAAAAGCGAAGGAAAUCUCAUAGAAGAAGUGGAGAACAACCCUCCUGUCAAUUUCGAUGACGUGCCCAUCAAGCCAGCGAAAGGAGGGCAUCUCCAACGGAAACGGCCGGUACGGAUCCCUGGCCAAGAAGUAGACCAGUCAUUCACAGUUGCCUGUCACAGCCACUCAUUCACACUCAAACACUGUCCAAUUCCACACCUGUGCGCAAACAACAGUCGGACUGUGAAAGUGCUGCCAUCGGCUCAGUCCAAGUCGCCACUGCCGAGUAAAACUCAAGCAACACCCGCUCGUUCGGCUCAAAACGUGGGACCGAAGACAGUCGCGAACGCUUUGAAGAAAAUCGAAAGCGACGAAUGGAGUAGCAAGGUGGAAGGCAUCAACAUGAUCAGCGAACUUUCGGCGACCAAUCCAAAGGAUGUAGCGGAUCACAUGCAUGAGGUGAAGUCUGCACCCUCAGCCGAAAAAGGCAUCAGCCGACAGCUCCAGCAGACUAUGCAAGAAAAAGUCAUCACGCUUUCUUGUUUACAGGUGGUGCUCGCAAUUUUGAACGAGUGUAAGAAUCUUCGGUCGAGCGUUUCACGAGUGGCCCUCGCCUGCACUGGCACACUGACGCAAAACAUGAAAGGAAAAAUGGACAUGGAGCUUGACAAGCUAUGUAUGAUCCUGAUCAACAAAGCCGGCGAUGUGUCCAAUGCUUUCAUUCGCGAGGAUGCCAGCGAAGCUCUGACCAAAGUGGUGAACCACGCCUCAGCCGGCAAGGCUCUUCAGGCGAUCAUCACCGCCGGCUCUAAAUCGAAGAACAAUACUAUUCGUGCGUCGUGUGCCGCUUUUGUGUGCUCGUUGGUGUCUCGUUUGGGAGUUUCGACGGUACUGUCGUCCCCGGAUCAGCUUUCCAAACUCGUCACGCAACUGCUCGCCUUCAGCCGCGAUCCAAACCCUCAUGUUCGGAUGCAUGGCAAGCAGACCCUCGUGAAUCUCAGCCAGGAUUUGAACUUUGAUCGACAAAUGAAAAAAGCCGUCAGCGACCCCGAAUAUCGUGCGGUUCGGGCGAUGCUGGAUGAGAUCGAUAAGAAGGGCUUGGAUUCGUUGGACAGCACAUGCACAUCGCUGGGUAGCUCCCUUUCCAGAAGUGGGAGUAUCAGAAAAGCUGUGCAGAGAAAACUUCCCGACAACGUUCAGUUGGACCUCGACGAAGUACGAGCAGAUCUCACCGCUGCAGGAUGGGAACGUCGACUGGGCGGCUUGAAACGUUUCGAGGAGAUGUGCACAAACGCAACCAAAGCCGUCGCCUCCGACACGAAGCAUUCAUUGGCCGCCUCAACGACAUCAACAGCAAGGUGUCUCUGGAAGGACUCGCACACGUACAUGGUCACUCUGACAGUACUCAGCAAGCUCUACUCGACGGAAGCGCACUUGAAGGCCGUGCUGAAUCAGUUGGUUUUGGCGUUGAUGUCCCAUCUGUCAAGCAAGAGCGACGAGCACCGCAAAGCAGCACAAAAAUGCCUUAGCGAAACUAUAAAACGAGUCGAUCCAGCAAGUCUAUCACCAGCUAUCGCGGCGGCCACUCGAAAAGCAAACGUCAAGCAGAAGCCGUUCAUGUUGAAUCUCUUCAGCCGCUUGAACGCCAUGCUUUACCCGUCAAAACCGAAGCAGGUCGAGGUGGUAGCACUGCCAAUUCUCUGGGAGUGUUUGAAGGCCGGAGUUGCGGAUAACGAGACUAAAAAGGCCGUUGCAGAGUUUGCGAAAGGACUCGUUGAUCUGAUGGGAGAACGGGCCUUGCUCGACCAGGCCUCGAUGGAGCUGGAUCCCACACGCCGGAAAGCGUUCGAGUCUUUGAUACGGUAG